AUGGGUAAGCAGCAUGGAAAACCUCGACAAGCACACAGGCACCAUCACGACUUUUCCGAAGCUAAGAACAAGUUUUCCACAUCUGGACCUGUGAAGAAAUCAGCACCGAGCAAUCCAUCCAAGAAGGGUAAACAACCACAGCAUGUGAAAGCUGUGGUGCCGUUCCGCCCAUCUGAUCAUAUCUUGCUUGUCGGCGAAGGAGACUUUUCUUUCGCACUGUCCCUGAUUGAGCAUCACAAAUGCAAAUACGUUACAGCAACCUGCUAUGAUUCGGAGGAAGUCCUGCAUCAGAAGUACCCCCAGGCUGGCGAGAUCCUGCAGAAACUCCUGAGCCACAAUGGGCUAGACAGGUCUGCCGAUCAGCGAUAUCUGGAGCCUACAGAGAAGCAGGCUCUGCUCCUUGAAGAGACCAUAGAACAGAUUGGGGUCGACGGCAAAAGCUCUUCGGAAUGGGAAGGCUUAUCCCCUUCCUCCUCGUCAGACACAACACACCCCACCACGAAUAUCGCAUCAAGCUUGACCAAUGAGUUAGAGAGCUACUACCGUAACGAUUCAGCUCAUAGCAAUAUCUCUUUUCAUCCUUCCAUAUCAGCAAACAAUCUCCCGAAAUACAAGCCCGUCCGCCACAACGCGCCUUAUAACAAGAUAGUGUUCAACUUCCCACACGUUGGCGGACUCUCCAGGGACGUCAACCGGCAAGUUCGUGCGAACCAAGAGUUGCUUGUUGCCUUCUUCGAGUCGUGCAGGUCUCUUUUGGCCAGCAAGUCAAAACCAGUGCCCUCCGACCGGUACGAGGCUUUCGAGCGGUGUAAUCACGAAGAACUAUAUGAGGGCUCGAACAGCGACCAAGAUCAGGAAGAAUCUGAAAACGCACGGGCCACUGGAGAGGUAAUCGUCUCCUUGUUUGACGGCGAACCAUACACUUUGUGGAACAUCAGGGACUUGGCACGACACUCCGGAUUUCAGGUCGUCACAAGUUGGCGGUUUCCUUGGAAAGCUUAUCCAGGAUAUCGACAUGCCAGAACUGUUGGCAAGAUCCGCAGGAAGACAAACGGCAGCGAAGUCGCUGACCAAGAUGGUCAGGACCACAAGAAGAGGGGUGCCUGGAGGGGAGAGGAAAGGGAAGCCAGAGGAUUCGUUUUUAAGAUGGUAGAAGAAGAAUGCGGAACGGUAGGUGCAACCACCAAAGGAAAGACGAAGCCUCAAGUACAAUCUAAGCCAGGGCCGAGCAACAAGAGAAAGAGAAGUUCUUCAAGCGACGAGAGCGAUGUUUGA